AUGGAAGGCAUCGACGUAGCAAAAUGCAAGAUCGACCAGGUCCUUUUUGUCAGGCCAGAUGACUCUCGUAAGUAUGCAUGUGCGUCUUUGUCCCUUUCAUUGCAUUGCUUGUCAGUAGAUCAAGUUACUGAGGCCCGUUUUCUGCUACGAACUGCUCUCCUAACUGCGGCCUCUCAUAACUGCAAUAUGGCAACUCUAGGACAGUUAAGGAGCGCGCUACGAGACGCUGCAUCUUCCUCCUCAAAAGACACCUUGACCGAUCUACAAUACAGCGACGGCUUCGAGCUCUCCCUCGAAGAUCCAGGUCUAUCAAACUACCACACUUUCGUCAUUCCCCGACUUUCGAAAUUGGUGUCCGAAGUUACUAAGACAAAGCAGUCCAUCUCGAUUUUGGAAAUCGGUUCUGGCCCCAAGACUGUGCUUGGCGAGCUUCCCAUAGCUCUGCGAUGGAAGGUCAACAAGUACGCCGCAUUCGAGCCUAACAACAUUUUUGCCGGAAAGCUUGAGAGUUACCUUCGCCCCCAAGAAGAGAAGGACACGCCUUUCCCUCAUAUGACAAGCGAACCUGUCAUAAUGCGAAUUCCGUUCAGCGCGAUCCAUGAGGAUGAGAAGUUCGACAUCAUACUUUUCUGUCACAGCAUGUAUGGUAUGAAUCCAAGACGACCGUUCAUCGAAAAAGCCAUGGACCUACUCCCGAAGCCUUCCUACCCAACAGGUCAUUUUCGUAUCUCAGAUGAAGACGAGGAGAUCGACAAAUUUGCUGCAUUCAUAGCUGGAUUCACAGUGCAGGACUACGCCUUACAGCAGCAGUGGCGAAUUAUCUGCCGUGAUCCAAGUCAUCGUCUGGAUACCGAUUCUGCCCAGCUUGCCUUGAAUUCGCCUGAGAUCAUGGUGGCUUUCAAUGCCAGCGCACGCGCGGUUCCAGAGCUGCUAUUGAAAGUUCCUUCUCUAAGCGAGAGCAGAGCUCUCGAGAACCCCGAGUCUCGCCAAGCUCACCCAGCGGUGAUUUUGAGGCCGACAGAUCCCGGACAUGUUCAAGACUGCGUACACUGGGCUGUCGAACACGAUCUCAGCCUGACCGCCAUCGGUGGAAGUCAUAGUGGCCAUUGCGUGGCAGACAACGUGGUCGCGAUGGACAUGAGCGCUUUUUGUGAGUUGCAAAUUCCACCAGCCAACAAGAAUGCAUUCCAUGCUGCAGAAAGUCUGAUCGUGGCUGGAGCUGGCUGCAAUGCAGGCGAGAUCAUACGCACGACCAUGGAAGCCGGCUUGACUGUACCUCUGGGUUCUCGACCAAGCGUAGGUGCGGGACUAUGGCUGCAAGGCGGCAUUGGGCACCUUUCUCGACGAUACGGGCUGGCUUGUGAUGCAAUUGCUGAUUCUAUGCGUUGGGGAUAUACUCACAAGGACAUGAAACUACCAGCCAAUGCUAUCCGACGGGAGGACAAAAAGGAACUCCUUUGGGCGAUCAGAGGCGCCGGCACUAACAUUGGCGUUUUGUUGUACGUUGUUUUCAAAGGGUUUAGGGCACUAUCCUUCCUAUCGCAGAACUGGAAGCUUUCACUCAGCGAUAAACCCGAGCUGCAAAGCAGAAUUAUACAGCUCAGCAACAUGACAAAAGGUCUGUCUCGAAACGCCUCUAUCGACAUGUACAUCUUUUACGAUUCGGACCAGGUCAAACUUGGCGUGAGCUCGUACGAGGUUUUCUGCAAGAAGCAUUCUGCAGGAGUCACUAUUCAGGAUACAACACCUUUAACCUCCAAGCUACGAGAAACAUUGGGUCACGAGGACUCAUCUAUCAUUACUGAUGCAGUCGGACUUUUCGAGACAGAAAUUUACAUCUCAGGCAUGCACGGCGGUCAUGGUGGCGGAAAGACCUCAUCAUUCAAGCGAUGUGUGUUUAUGAGGAACAUCGAAUCAACGAAGGUAGUUGACAGCCUUUCAGCCGCCAUGGCUACACGACCCACUCCAAUAUGCUACACUUUGAUUGCAAUGCUUCGGCUCUUGCAAGAGGCUGAAGUGCCUGCUUCGAAGAUCUCGGUCAUCGUCGUUGCGGAAUUCCCUGUUCAUGGAGCGCGAAAAUGGUUACAAGAGCGUGGAUUUGGAGGCCUGAGUGGUGGCUAUUUCCAAUGUCUGCAUGUCUGUAACUGGCUUGUGACUUGA